AACAAUACUAAAAUAACCUUAACUUCUUAUUUUGUCAUUACCGCCUUCUUUGCCAUGGGCCGAUAAUCUUAGUAUUCUUCAGAUAUCUUCUUUAAAAAUCGCGUACUAUAACGCUACAAUUCCUAACUGCCACGAAACCAUGCCGCGACCCAAGAGGACUCGCGUCGCGUCAACCCGAACAAUCGCAAAAACGACAAGUCCGGAACCUACCCCGAUGCCUAAACAACCUAUCGAGCCAAGUUCUGAUGUUUACGAUGUGAGUGAUCGUGAGAAGGGAAAAGCAAAACAAAGGCGGGAAUCAAUGCGCGAUAAAAAUUCAAUUGCGCACGCGCAAACAUCGUCUAUGCAACAAUCCAAGGCGUUAGAAGCUGCCCGACAGCGACGCGAUUUUGCCAUGGAUCGACUAGAAAAUAUGACUUCCACCUCCAGCAAUGAAGUAAUUGAGUCUAUCGAGCAAUCGGAAUCAUCCGUUGAGCUUGGGCGCAAAGUUGCCGGGACUCCGCAACAUCGGAGAAUGGCAGAUAUGUCAGGACUGGAUUUGGACGAUGAGGAGUUUGAUGAUUUGAAUACUACCUUCGAAACCGCAGGUCCAGCAAGCGCUCAGCGAUCAGCCGAGACGUCUACCAUGACCACUAGCGUAUUCAAGCGACGACCUCGCGCUGGAAGCUUUCUAAACAGAGAAGACGGCUACAUUCGACCAAGCAGCCGAACGGGUCCCAAUACCCCUGCCUUUAGCUCAACUUUCAACAUUGGCUUAUUCAAGAGACGAGCGCGAGAACCCAGUAUCCUUGGUACCGCACAGAAGCCGCCUCCUAAAAGAAUCGAGCCUAAUCCCGAAUUUGAGUCAGAGCCGGAGUCGGAAUCAGAACAUGAUGAAGACCCAGCAGAGAAUAAUGUAUUUGCGCCCGAAGACGAAUCAACUCCUCUCAAGGUCUCCAAGAGACGUUCUAGGCAUACUGAGAUUGAUGCUGGCCAAACAUCAACGCACUCGCCGCGCGAAAAUCCACGCAAGCGAAAAUCUGCCGAGGGUCAUGAACGCCGUACUCGAUCUUCGCCAUUUGAAGAGAAUGAGCCUGUCGAGGAGGCUGUAGUGCAGCAAUCAGAAUCAGACCUUUCAUCUCCGCCAUCUACUCCACCUGCCCGACAAUAUAGUAACAGGCCAGUUACACCCAUCAUGGACGAGGAACUGAUGGCUCCUCCUCUGAGCAGUGGUUCCUCAGCUGGCGAGUCGGAAAUAUGGCCUCCUCUCCAAACCCUAGCGAGAAAUCGACCACGACGCCCGGUCUCAGCACUCCGAAGAACUCCCGUCCCCAAUGACGACGGCUCCGAUAUCUCAUCACCCCCAUCCCUUACCUAUUCACCCAACUACCGCGAGCCAUCUCCGCCGCCAAGACAAGCCGCCAAGGCCAAACGUAGAACCGCGGCUUCUAAGCCAGAGGCCAAGAUCACGACCGCGGAUCUGGCGGGACUCCUGCCGCGCAGGCGCCGUCGAAAUGCUAGAGCUGAGGACGAUGAUGACUCGGAGGCUGAGGUGGAUAUCUCUGGGCUAGGGAACGACGACGACGAGCUCUCAUACAUGGACGUACGCGCGCGGCGACGCCCGACAUCCCGAGCAGGGAAUUCUAGACCUCAAACUGCCACGAAGGGCCGCCCCGCGUCGCGCGGGAAGGGCAAGCAGGCUCCCACCAACGCCAACAGGCGCGCUACAGUAACAUAUGGCCGCACUUCCGACAAAGAAAAUCAAGGCUCGGAAGAGGAUGGGGAUGAGACAGAAGGGGGCGAGAAUGAUAGCUUAGAACCUGUAGGAGACGGGGAGAGCAGUCAAGCCAUGAUCCAGCGGGUAGGCGAGGAGUUGAAGAACGCGGCGAGGAAGUUCCAGGAGGUGGACAAGUGGCAGCUAGACUACGAGGAGAUGACGCAGAGUAGUUCUCCACGAGAUGCGCGCUGAGUCUGUGGAAGGGCCUGGAUCAGUGAUAAAAGGGGAAAGGAAGACGUUGCUUACUUAUGAGUCAUGAUGCUUUGAAUGGACAUUUGUUGGGUCGCUGGCGUCUUGUGCUUGGCUAUGCUCGGUGCCUUGAAAAUACUGAAUACCAAGGCU